GAAGAAGAUGAUCCGCCUCUGUUUCUCUGAAUGAUGCAGGCAAACGGCCCUCGGAUCGAGCUCGGGCAAUUAAAUCAGCUCGCGCUCCCUCUCGGGAUCCGGAUCCUUUUUCAUCAUCGAUUAAUCGACUUCCGCAAUCUUCAUCCUCAAACUUAACGGGCCGUACAUUAUAGUUUUAUUUCAACAAUUUUGUGCUUAUCGACAGGAAAAUAAGCUAUCAUGACACUGAUGCAGCUUUUUGGGUCAUUGUUUAUCGCAUAUGGUCCAGCAUUCUCUCUCUUUCUCUUCACCAUUUCAAGAGAACCUUUGAGGAUUAUUGUUAUGAUGGCUGGAAUGUUCUUCUGGUUAUGUUCCCUAUUGACUUCAUCUGUGUUAUGGUUUGCUGUCUGGCCUCUGAAAGGACAAAUAUCAUUUGGACUGACAUUCUCCAUAUUAUUCCAAGAAAUAUUCCGCUUCAUUUAUUACAAACUUCUGAGAAAAGCUGAAGAUGGUUUGCAGCAGUUUAACCAGACGUCACCAGAACAACAACAACAAGCUCGGACUGUCAAUGGGGAUAGUACAUCAGACAAAGCCAGACAUGGAUAUGCUUAUGUUGCUGGACUUGGAUUUGGUACAAUGAGUGGAAUCUUCUCCUUUAUCAACGUAUUAGCUGAUUCCAAAGGACCAGGAACUGUUGGUAUCCACGGUGAUCCUCAUGAUUUCCUCAUUACAUCAGCCUUCUUAACAUCGUGUUUCAUCUUGCUUCACAUCAUGUGGAAUGUUAUCUUUUAUUGGGGUUUUGAGACAAGACGUUACUGGGCAGUGAUUAUUGUUGUGGCAUCUCACUUCCUUGUAUCAGAGCUGACUCUGUUGAACAAGGAUCAGCUUUAUCAAGUCACUCUGCCUAUUGCCUACGCCACACUGGCCAUCAUGUCUCUCUUCGCCUUCUUCAUCGCUGGAGGAUCCAGCCGCAGUAUUAAGCAAGCUUUCUCAUUACAGCGAUCACGAUACGCUCUCUAAGUCAACUCAAUGCCUUCUUCAUCCACUUGAUAUACAUGUGAAAUACUUAAUGGUAAGAAAGAUUGAUGUUGUAGAUGCCCUAUUGGAUAUUGGUCCAACUUAUUUCUUUUAUUUUGUAAUAGUUAUUCACCAUGGAAUGUUUUUUUUUUAUAAUUAACGUUGAUUCGACUAGUCCUCCUUGCCACCACGGUGCACUGUAAACAUACCAUAGAGAGUUACAAACAAUCUUAUUGCCGGUGGGCAUCCGAACCGUAACCCAUUUCAGAGAAAAUCGACUUCAAAGUUUACUAUUAUUUUCACACUUAGUUCCCCAGCCUUGGAACAUAUUCAUUGCUAGAAAAUUCAUGGUUGGAAAGACCAAGACCAUUGCUUGACAUUGGUAUCCUUAUUUUAACACAAAGCCAAGGAUCAGAGAAAAUAUCGCAAAAGAGCUCCAUGCUUGUAAUUUUGGUUUGAGCGGAUAAGAUUUCCCCUGUACAUAAACCCCUUAGGGGAUGUAACAGAUAUGGUAUUUGAACAUGUAAUGGAUGUUCGUUGUGACAUAAUUCCGUGAGAAGGUGCAAUGAUUUAGUUUCACAGCAGUAUCUUGUAUAUAGGUUCCUAUUAUUCCCCAGGUCUUGUACCAGCCAAUUACAGUCCGACCUCUCUUAUCAGGACACAUUGGGACCAGCACCAAUCCGGAUAAGGGAUUUAUCCAGAUCUGGGAGACCCAAUAUUAAAUACACGCAGCUGCCUCUCCAACGGCGGUAGCUACACGUAAUUCAUUGUAGUGGGCGUACAGUCAGUAUUCACUGCAGUGUCAGUGCAAAUUAUAGGCUGAAUUUUUACGGAAAUGAAAUCGAUCGAUGGCCAAAACUCUUUGAUAUUUUACCUGCUAAAAUGAUUGAGGUAUACAUCAAGCAUACCUCGCAAGGAAGAGAAUGACUCGAUAACACUAAGUUUUACAAUUGAAUCAUCGCGGCGGGUAUUGCAGCUUCGCAAUGUCAGCCAUUGUUGUACUGACUGUAGGCUCAAACAUGAUAGAUGGCGCUGUCCGUAUUGGGCCUAGCACUAGCUAGCGAGAAAUGUGUUGUUUUUUAACCGGGGGAAAAAAAGAGGACGUGAUGAAAUGUUUGCGCUGCGCCCUGAUUUACUGGAAAAUUAUCCUGUCUAAGUUCAUUUGGUGAAUUGGGUGAGAUUUUUUCAUGAAAAAUAAUGAGCUUGUAGGUAGACUAUAUUGAAAAAUAUAAGUAAUCAAAGUGAGUUUGCGUAGGAUUCAGUUAAGAUUGAAAUCUCAUUUCCCCAUGCACUAGAUUGAAUUGAAAAAAAAAAUAUCGGCAAGUGUGCAUCCGGAUAAAAGAGAGAUCCGGAUAAGGGGAGGCCAGAUAAGAGAGCAUACCUUGAACAUACCUUUAAGUGCCACACUUCCAUCUUCACGUAGGUAGAUAUUAGUGUGGCAGGGUUUGGGGAGCUUUGUAGCCCAUUAAUAACCCAAGUUUGAAAGUCUCUGUUUAAAGCUGAGAGGUCGGACUGUAAUCGUUUUAGAAUGAAAUUAAUUUAUUUUACCAUUUCAUAACGGUCACAAUACAGAGAUUAGACAGCUAUUCAUUAAGUCUCAACUAAGCCAGAAAAUGUAAAAAAAAAUCUUUUGUUUUUCAUUGAAGCAUCAUCAUGUGACUUAUUUAAUUACAUAAAGUUGAUUUAUUAAAAAAAAAUGAAUAUUUAUUUCCAGCAUUUGAAUUUACUUCGAUUUUGAUCACCAAGGAAUUAUCUACAUUUACACUUCACCAUAGUAUAAAAUAAGUAUACUAUUACUAUGGCAUAGUACACUUGUUUCAUAUUUUUGUUUCCAAUUGAACUCAAUGGCCCGUAUUCUGAAGUCAGGUUUAACUUAAACUCAGGUUUGAAGUUGUGGUUUAAGUAUGAAUAGCCAAUUGUUACAUAAAUCACUAACAGUAGAGAUAUAAUAUUUCAUCUCAUUUGGCUCUCAAAUCAUUCAUAAUUGUCUAGGAAGUAUAAAUAGAUAAUUGUCUUCACCAUCGAUGAAUCAGGAAAGAGCACAGUAAACAUAAGAAACAUACAACUUAAUAAAAAAAAUUGACACUUUUGGCUUCUCAUAAGUUUAGCACAGAGUUAGAUCGUGGUCUAAGUUAAACCUGACUUCAGAAUACGGGCCAAUAUGUACAAAAUGGAAGUUAUGUAUUAUUUAUUUCUAAAAUUCAACGAAUGUUAUUAAGAAAUUCCAAUCAUUCAAUUUAUGUAAUCAUUUAUGGGCAGGUUUACUUAUGAGCUCGUUUUACUGUGCUAUGAAGAAGAGGUGUUGUGUUUGAUAAAAAGAAACCGAAUGGAUGCUACAUGUACAAAUUCAAGAACAUUAUGUAGUUUGUACAACUUUAGAUGUUAUUUAUUUCAUACAAAAUUUAUAAAUACAAUCCAUCCAUAGUGGAUAUCAUUAGAUUAUCAGAGCAGGCACAGUGCAUGCGCAUAUUCGUUCUGCUAGUUACAAUAGCAUUGCCUCAUUUCAGACUACAUUGUGAAAUAAUUUUUGAAAAAAAAGUGUGGUAUAAGAAACCAGAUUGCAUGUGGAUACUUUAUAGGGUACAUGUAUAUAUUGACUGGCUUUGAUAGUCUUUGAAUUGAAAAUGAUUUCCCUACUUUGGUACAGAAAAGUGUUCUGCAUGAAUAUUUUUAAAAAGAAGUAAGUUUCCCCAAUUUAAAUUGGCAGAACAUUUUUUGAAUACUUUUUCAAGCCAAAAUACUUUGUUAGGGUGUUACACUUCAUUACUGACUUAUAUAUGUAUAUGAAAAUAAAAUUGAUCUGUUGGAUAUGAACAUGUUUAAAAUAUUUGUAACAAAGUUUCCCCAUCUCUCUUUCUCUCUCUUUAUUUCUCCCCCCUCCCAUUUCCUUGUAUUUUCUUGUUCUUGAAGGGUAGGGUUAUAUAUCCUAUUAUAGAGUUAUAAGGUUAAAACUUCAAUCCAUCUUUUUUUUUAAUGAGGUUAUUUUGCAACAUGUAAAAGAACAUUUCCAACUACUUGUGUACAUUUGUACCGUAAUCAUGAUUGUUCUUGAUUUGUAGAAAUUUAUAUUGUGCAAGUCGCACUGUUCAUGUACAGACAUAAUAAACUGCAAUGUAACAAUGUA